GGUUCAUCACCAUCGCAGCAGCUUGUUCGGUUGAAAAGACUUCGUUUACCGCAGCAGAUCAACAUGUCGGGGCUCCUGAGGACCAUCGCUAGCCGUGCCGCUCCUGUCCUGCGGGGACACACCGUCAUCCAGAGGGCCAGCCUCUACUCCAACCCUCCCAAAGGAAAAGUGGGCCCAAUGGAAACUGUCAUUGGACUCUCCAUGUUUUCCUUGGCCAUCCUGGGACCAUCUGGAUGGAUCCUGGCCCACUUGGAGGAAUACAAGAAGAAAGAAUAAAGUGGACAUUUUCAGGCUCAUACCUCGUCUUGUCUCAGUGACGACCUGGGACCAUCACGUUAUGUUCCUCUGCAGAGAACAACUCUUACUUUUACUCCUCUACCUCUCUGACAGGUCCACUCCACAUCCAGACAACCAGCUGUUUAACACUUGACUCUAAUACAUGAAAAGUGUAUUGCUAAUUUUCCCUUUUUAAAACCGUAUGUUACAAGAAUAAAUUUUAAACAACUA